GUAUUAUUGACAGAGACGCUCGAUGUUUCUUGUAUAGGUUUUAAAAAGAUUACUAACAAACGAUUUUAUUUGCAGUACACCACAGUAAUGUAUAACACAUCAUGAGCCAAGGAAUAAUGAACAUAACUCUAACUCGGGAUGGCCCAUUUAUGCCUUGGGGAUUUCGUCUCCAAGGGGGAUAUGACAUGGGCCAACCCCUGAUCAUCCAAAGGGUUUUUCUUGGAAGUCCAUCGGAAGGUGCGCUCCAGCGAGGUGACGUAGUUUUGAGAAUUAACGAUCGAGAAGCCAAUAGGAUAACUCACCAGGAAGCCCAUGACGUUAUUGUCAGUUCAAACAAAAAUUUGGCACUUGUUGUUCACAGGUUGACCGGGGUUGACUCCUCACCUGCCACGACCCCCACCACAUCUAGCACCAUGGGGACUAGCCAUCCAUUAGCCAAAACCACCUGUUCUGCCUUCGAGCCAAAACCUGCAGGAUUUUUUCGGGCUUCCUCUCCAGCAACUCCGAGCACUUUGCCAACUACUAAGAUGACUUCUGAAUAUCGUCCAGAACGUUGCGAACCGCAGAUCUUGUCUGAUUACGAACGACAAGAAUAUUUUUACGACCAACAGCAGGAGCAGCAGAAAAUACAACAUCAGCCAUAUCGGACGGUUCAGUUGGUUUUCCCUCAAGCUAAACCAAGACAUGAUAUACCCAUGGGCUCCUACCUUCGACAUGUACAUGAUCCGACCUGGAAGAAAACGUACCUGCCAUCCAGCCGAAUGCAAGAUGCUCUGGUGUCUAAGGUAUACGAAACAAAAAAGGGAACUGGAAUUUCUUCAGCGUCCAUAAGCCCUGGGCGAACACCAACUCCUGAUUCGGAAACUGGUGUUUCAAACUUUGACCCGAAGGUUGUGCACCAUCAGUACAACACACCCAUCAAUUUUUACUCUAAACAAACAAUGACUGACGCAUUGCAAGGACAAACUGGACUUCAACCUGGCCAGUCCAGCCCCCAGCCUGGAUCCAAGAUUCGGAAAAGCGUAGACAUUACAAUGUCUCCAACAUAUAUGCUGCUACAAGAAGAAGAAAUAAGUCGACCGAAGGAACAGAAGCCGAUUCGCACCCAACAUUACGCUAAUUCCAAUCCCAAGAGUCACAGGAUUAAUGCUUUUGGUAUGCCCAAGGACAAGAUUCUUCAGUCUGGUAGUUUCAACACUUUAAUGACUAGUCUUGUCACCGGCCAGAGUGACUUCUGACCGAUGCUACCAGGCUGAGGAUAAAAAGCUAACCCCUUUUCAGCUUUUUAGGUUGCAUGUUAAACGCAUUUAGUUUAAAACCCUUAAUUCUAUAAGUUAAACUUACAAUCUUAAGUUUUACGCUUCAUCCUGCAACCCUAAAAUCCCGUACCUUUUUUAUGGCAGCAAAUCCUUUUGUUUAUUACAUGAACUAUUAAUGUCUUAUUAUAGCAAACUUUAGGUAGUAUGUCCAGUAAUCAUCCCAUGGUUGUACUUCUUAAGUUAUUUAAAUUAAUUGGAUGAUACUAAAGAUUUGCAUUUUUACAAACACUGUUAGGCUCCUAUAAUCAUGAGAACAUUAUAAACAAAUUAUUUUAAGGUUAAGGAAUUUGCGUAGCGAAUCUGAGUACUUGAAGGCAUCUAAGGAAAGCUUUGUGGUUUCCGUUGGUUUAGAUAGUCAUUAAGUUGACCAGAUCACCCUAAAUAAUGAUCAUAUUUUUAUUUAGCCAAAGGUUAGAUAAAUGUAACUUUAAUAAUUUAACGCCAGAACUAAAGAAACAAGUAACAUAUCCAACCUAAUACCAGUGUUUAAUGUAUCAUAACCAAUGACAAUUUUUGUGUAUGUUGAAGAAUAUUUUAAAACUCGUUAUGGAUAUCAAAAAUUAUUUCAGAAGUUCAGGGAAAACAGGAGUCACGCAAUUAGGCAUAUCCAUCAUGUAUUAGGUAUCAUAGGGGUACGAAAAAGCGCCUUGCUUUGUUUUAUCAGCGCUAAAAAUUAAAGUAAAAUACGGAUAUUAAGUGUUAUCACAUUGAAUAGUCUCAUUACAAACAAUUAUUUGAAUUACUUUAAUAAUGUCGAACUUGUAUGUAAUGCAAAACUGUAUUUCACUGUUUAUGUCUUAAUAAAUAUUAAUGUGUGAAAAAUGUAGUGUUUAAUAUUAUAAAUGCUUUCUUCAGUGACGUGAUCACAUUGGUAAUGUGUGAAUGCAAAAUUUUUAAUAUUGUAUGAAUAUACUUACAUUCAACCAAUAAAUACAAAACUUUAGCUUUCUAUUCCAUUUUAAUCCUCUAGUCCCGUUUUUUAAACUUUACAUUAUAUUUGAAUAAGCAUCAGAGCUAUUUGGAAAUUGAAGCUUGCAAUAAAUAUCGAAAGUAUGGUGGUUAAGAUACCUCGAUUAACUUCCUAAUAACAGAUUGAAGAGAGUGGAAGCUGAGUUGAGUCUUUCAAAAAUAACUAAGCUCUUUAUCUUUAUCAUAAAAAACUGUAACAAACUAGUGAAUUGUCAUACAGGUUUUCUUUCAUUCUUAAAAAAAAAAUCAUAUCAAAUUAUCUUUUAAUUUAUUUCAGGUUAGUUUUGUCUCACUAGAAACAGUAAUUCUUGUUAGGAAACUGAAAUAAACUAGUAAAUUUUUCAUGAUAUAUGAAAUACUUUUAAAAGGUCAAAGACUGAUUACAUGCACAACAGUU